UACUUACAAUUGCAUGCAAUUUUUGCUGCCAUUUUGUGCUAUUGUGUUUCGUGUGAUAAUAAUUGUCGUCCAGUGUUUUAGGUAAAUUAAACAAAGUGUAAAUACUCUGUGAUUUUAUUGUGUAGUUAUAUAUUUAAUCGCAAUUAAAUGGGACGUAAGAAGAAGAAGCAAUCGAAGCCCUGGUGUUGGUACUGCAACCGGGAAUUUGAGGAUGAAAAGAUACUAAUACAGCAUCAGAAAGCCAAACAUUUCAAGUGUCACAUUUGUCAUAAAAAAUUGUAUACCGGUCCUGGCCUCUCGAUCCAUUGCAUGCAGGUACACAAAGAGGCGAUCGACAAGGUGCCGAACUCUAUGCCAAAUAGGUCCAAUAUUGAAAUCGAAAUUUAUGGAAUGGAAGGUAUACCGGCGGGUGAUUUGAAGGAGCACGAAAGGCAGAAGCAAGGCGGCCCUGAUUCGGACGACGACGAGCCCCUGCCUAAACGGCUCAAACCCGAAGGUUUACUCGGCACAGCGCCCGGUACUAUACCGAGUCCGGGGUUAGUUCCCGGUCUCAUGCCACCCACACUCCAUCCAGGAAUGGCCGGUAUGCAGAUGGGACAUAUAUUAAGCCAUAUGGGUCCUCUGGGGCAUCAUUUUCUUCCACACGGCGUACCGAUGCUACCUCCGCAUCUCGCAAUGAUGCAAGCGCAAGCGAGUCCGGCCAAACCUUUAUUUCCGAGCGCCAUCCCUGUAUCGUCGCCGGGGGCGCCUGUUGUAGGAGCUGAUUUUAAACCAAUCAGCGCAGGUGCGACAAUUAGCGCUCCACCUACGACAAACAGCACGCCCAGCGGCAGUAACAGUAACACAGGUGAUAGUAGCAAAGUAGGUACGAUAGCGACGACGGGUGCUGCUAGCAAAAUUAUUCACCCCAGCGAGGAUAUAUCGCUGGAGGAAAUACGCGCGAGGCAGUCUAGGUAUCAAAAGACAAUACCCGACAAGGAAGACACAAGCGCCAGCAUGAGUAGUAGUGCUAGUGAGCAGUUAGCAUUGGCUGUAUCAGCCGCGCAACAGGCAGCCGUAAAUCAGGCGAAGCAGGACGUCUUAAACCACGCGGCGAUGCUGCAGAGAUUUCAAAGGCCGAUGGGUCCGCCCAUGAUGGCGAUGCACGGUACGCCUACCACAAUGCCGCUGGUAAUGAGACCGAUGCUACCCGGCCCGCCAACAUUUGUAGGCGCCAAUCUUAUGAGACCGCCACCGCUUGGUAUGCCACCAGGAUUGAUUGGAAUGCCACCCGGAGUUAUGUACGGAGCGCCAGUUCUGCCGGGAGGUCAUAUGUUGACGCCUAUGAUGCAACCUCGGUUUAGAUGAUCUCCAGUCUACCUGAUUUACCAUCC